CCAUUACACGUCCAUAACGCCCCUCAUCACCAUCUACCCGGAAACAGCUACUUCGCGCUGCAGGUGAGGAGACACGUACCAAUAAAUGCUAUACUUUUACAAGGUGAAGGCGAGUCAAGCAUGCAGUGGCGCCUUUUGAGUUGAGAUGAUUUCAGACAGCCGCCUCAUAUGCAUCAAGAUGGUGAAACGUACUUACUAGUCCCAUCGCAUUGAUAUAUAAAUCCGAUAAUGUCCUUCUGUUAUAUCUUCCUUUGUCCUUCUCUUAAACGAACUCAACACCACCUCCCCUCAAUGCCCAUCAAACACAUCAUCAUCAUAGGCGGCGGCAUCGCAGGAGUCGCAUCCGCCCUCGCCCUCAUCCGACUUAACAAAAUAUCCUGCUCCGUUUUCGAAAUCCGCUCAGAGCCUACGACAAUCGGCGGUGCCAUCAACCUCACGCCUAACGCGCUUCGCUAUCUGGACUAUCUAAGAGUACUCCCUCGCUUGUUGCGUAAAGGAUGCGAAGUCUAUCACAUUGAUGUGAUUUCUCAGCGGACAGGAGCGAAUCUCGGGCGAAUUGAUUUCGACAAAGUCGAGAAGUUCAAGCAUCGCGCGCUGCGGAUCCUUCGAGCUGAUCUGCUGGAGGCACUGUUGGAAGAGCUUGAAGAGUCGGGGGUGAAGGUGCAAUACAGCAAGCGGAUUGAAUCGGUGCUUGAGCGAGAUGACGGCGUCGAAGCUACAUUUGAUGAUGGGACGACAGUGGUCGGAGAUAUGCUUCUAGGUUGCGAUGGGAUUCAUUCUUCCGUCCGCAUGAACUUCGUCCAGCCGGAACGGAAGCCUGUGUACACCGGCAUUGCCGUCACCUACGGCUUCUUGAGUGCAGGUGGCCUAUCGGAACUCUUGCCGUUCGACUCCACAGCCGCGAUCUUUGGCCGGUUCGGUACCUUCCUGAUGUCGUUCUACACUGUAGAUAAAUCGCAGCUCUACAUUUCUGUUGUGACGGAGACCAAAGAUGUGGGGAGUAGAGAGGGAUGUCUGGUCAAAGGCAGCGAUCAGGAUGCCCUUAAAGACGACAUCUUGCGGAGGUUCGCUGGGUCUGCGAUGCCGUGUCUUGAGACUGGGAUGCAGAAAGUUGACUCUUGGGUGCUAUAUCCGGUUUUCAAGCUUCCGCCACAUGGAGUUUGGCACUCUGGUCGGUUGUUGCUGCUCGGGGAUGCUGCACACGCUAUGCCACCGCAAGGUGAGAGUGUUGGCCUGGUCCUAGAAGACGUCGUUUUCUUUUCGCGGUUGGUUUCUCAUCAUAAGGGAAAAGCCGUUUCUCGUAUAUUUCAAGGUUACGAUUCCCUGCGAAGGGCUCGGAUUGACGCUGUAUACAAAGAAGCUACCUUUCGUUGGGAGACAGCAAGAGAUCGAGGGUGGCUAAUGACCGUUAUUAUGGAGUGGAUGAUGUGGAUUUUUAUUAGGCUGAUGGCUGGAACGAAAGAGCGGGACUUCCAGUUUGAUGUUCGAGAUAUUGAGCUGCCUAACUAGAAUCACCGCCUAAUCAUCGAGUACUUUCUGGAAAUAGUUGCACUAGUAUACUAAGGGAAUUACUUUUGGGGCCCUAA